GGAGGAAGGACACUAAGGGAGGGUUUGGGAAAAAAAGUGACGAAAUAUCUUUUCCCUGCGUGUCCCCACCCGUCCAUUUCAUAUCCAUCAGAUUGCGUCUGCACCUUCCCCAUGCUUAUCAUGUGCUCUUUCAUCACAUUCUCAUUCUCUCUCUCUCUCUAACAUUCACAUUCCCAUUCCCCAUCACCAUGAUCCUCCCCUGCGACUUCUGCGACUCCAAAACCGCCGUUCUCUUCUGCAAAGCCGAUUCAGCCAAACUCUGUCUGUUAUGCGACCAGCACGUCCACGCCGCCAACGCCCUCUCCCUCAAGCACGUGCGCUACCAGAUUUGCGACACCUGCAAGAGCGACACCGCUUCCGUUCGCUGCUCCACCCACAACCUCGUACUCUGUCACCACUGCGACUCCCACGCCCACUCCACCGCCUCUCCCCACCACCGCCACCGCCUCCAUGGCCUCUCCGGAUGCCCCUCCGUUCCCGAGAUUGCCUCCGCUCUCGGCCUCGAUUUCAGUCCCGACCACCCGCCCCAAGACCCCGACUGCCCCGUCGUCCCCACCGCCGCCGCCCCCCCCAAGUAUAAUAGAGAUGACGUCUACCAACAGGUGCUCGAGAUUGCCAGAAGGAGGGACUUCAGUGCUCAGAGCGUUCAGCUCAAGUUCAACCAUCAUGAUACUAAUAACAACCACCAAAACGACGUCGUUGAUGAGAUGCUUCUCCAGCAGACGCCUUUUACGUCCUUGCUCAUGUUGCCGUCUGAAUCUGAAUUUGACGCCAGGAAAAGUAAUGAUAACGGUUACGGAGCCGAAACAGGGGAUCUUCUCUGGAAUUGUUGUCCCACGUAUCAUACCCCUCAGGUGUGGGAUUUUCAAUUACAGAAAUCGAGAGAUUGUGGUGAACCAAGGGUAUUGACAUUUGAUGGUCUAGAAGAAACAUCCCUCUCCAUUCCAAGAGCGUUUCAAGAUGUGCACAAUAUGAAUUGCUCAACUAUUGGUGAUGAUAUUCUUUCCCGAAAUAAUCAAUCGGAUCAGUCAUCAUCAAGUCAUGCGAAGAAGAAAGAAGAAAGCAACAACAAAGCAAGAGAUGGGUUUUCAUCCGAGUCCAAUUUAAUUGAAUCCAUAACGUAUAGUGGCACCAACAAUGUCACGAACAUGGAGCAUCUUGUGGGUGGGAGUGAAAAUGUUAGCUCCUUAAAAGCCAAGAUUAGCUUGGAAGAAUUGGCUAAGAAUAGAGGGAAUGCCAUGUUACGCUAUAAGGAGAAGAAGAAAACUCGAAGGUAUGAUAAACACAUUCGCUAUGAAUCAAGGAAGGCCAGGGCUGAUACUAGAAAAAGGGUGAGGGGGAGAUUUGUUAAGGCAACUGAUAUAACUGAUGUUCAAGCAUGAUGAGUGGUGCCCUUUCAGAAAUCUCAUCAGAGUUCAUAGCCCUUGUGUGUAUACAGAUGUUAACGCUAUCAGAGGAAUAUUGAUAUAUUCUAGUUUUCAUGAACUCCCUGAGUAUUUAUUGAUUGAUUGGUUUGAAUCUUUUUCGUAGAUGAUUUAUUUUAAUUUUAAUUUUUAUUUGUCGCAUUACAUGGGAAUAGAUUUUUCCAUGUGAGAUUUUCACAUAAGAGCUAAAAUUCUUAUAAAUUUUUUGCG